UUGAUCAAGGUGCUUCCUCUCUUCAUCAUGCAGCUUCCUCUCUUCUUCAAAGUACUUCCUCUCUUCUUCAAGUACUUCCUCUCUUACAAGAUGCUUCCUCUCUUCAUCAUGCAGCUUCUCUCUUCAAAGUGCUUCCUCUCUUCUUCAAAGUGCUUCCUCUCUUCAACAAAGUGCUUCCUCUCUUCAUCAUGCAGCUUCCUCUCUCAUCAGCAGCUUCCUCUCUUCAACAAAGUGCUUCCUCUCUUCAUCAUGCAGCUUCCUCACUACAUCAUGCAGCUUCCUCUCUUCAACAAAGUGCUUCCUCUCUUCUUCAAAGUACUUCCUCUCUUGAUCAAGGUGCUUCCUCUCUUCAUCAAGAUGCUUCCUCACUCCAUUAUGCAGCUGCUUCUUUUCUUCAUCAAUUCCUCUUCACCCUGGAGCUCCUCAGCUUUAUAUCAUUUUAAUUGGAUUUUUUGA